AUUAAUAUAUAAUCAGUUAAAACCACUUUUCAUAUUAUAAAAAAAUCUAUAUAAAUAGGGCUUUAAAACAUCCCUCCCCUUUUUUAUUUUUUUUUUUUAAUAACCAGAAAAUGUUUUAUCAGCAACAACAAUUUUUAUCUCCUGAACAAUUUCAACAAGAGGAGCAACAACGUAGAGAAUUGGAACAACUUCUUAAACAACAUCUUUUCCAUCAAUCACUUUUAUUAUCUACUCCUCCUCCUUCCCCAAUGUCAGCAACUUUAGGUCAUCCUAAUCGUUCAUGUGCAAGUUGUAAAAAGAGAAAGGUUAAAUGCGAUAGAAAAACUCCUUCUUGCACAGCUUGUCAAAAGUCAAAACAUAGAUGUCAAUAUACUAGUUAUUCCCCUCCUGUAUUUAACGAAGAACCUCAACAACAUAAUGAAGAUGAAGAAAUUAAAGCUAUAAAACAAAAAAUUGAAGAAUUAGAUAAUGCUGCUAGAUUAAGAUGGGAACAUUUCCAAAAAAUGAUGUCCGCUUGUCAACCUACUAUUCCUUCCAAGGAUGAAUUCGCAAAUCCUUCAGCUUCUUAUUUUGUUGAUGAUGAAGAUCCUAUUUAUAAUUUGAAUCUUAAUAAUCCUGUUAUUCCUACUUCUACUGGAUCACAAUAUUUACAACAAGGUUCUCCUCAAUCAUUACAUUUAUCUCCACAAAAUCAACUUCAAGUUCCUGCACAACAACAACCUUCAGUUUCUUAUAUAUUGCCAUCACCACAAUAUCAACGUCCUCCAAAUUCUGCUGCUACUUCACCUUUCGUUCAAACUCAAAAUAUUGUUAUUCCUUCAACAAAUUAUUCUCCUUAUAUGAGUGGAACUAUCGUUUUAAAUUAUAAUUUAAAUGCCAUGAGACCUUUCUUAGGUAGAACUAUUGCCCCACUCCUUCAAUCUAUGACAGGUGGUCAAGGUCCACAAGUUCCAACUACAGGUUUUAAUGAUGUUGGUCAAUUACAAAAUUGGUUAAGAGAAAAAUUCUUAAGUCAAGAUUGGACGGAAGAAAUGGAAUCUUUUAGUGUUAUUGAUCCAGAAGAAAGAUUUGAAUUAAGACCUAUAUUUGAAGAACCAAAUCAACAACAUUUUUCCGUAAGACAAAAAUUCGAAGUCGUACUUCAUCGUGUUGAAUUCGCUUCCUCACCUUCAAGUGUACAUGGUGGUGAUUUCCAAAACUUUGAUUAUGAUGAUAAACAUAGUAUGGAAAUGGAAAAUCUUACAAAUUAUAGUGACGCUGGAAGUAAUCGAAGCAGUAUUGCAGAUUUUGAUCCAACAGAUAUUUUCUUAAAUAAAAUCUAUGCUUUUGUAAGAAGAUUUAUAAGGAAUCUUCCUUGGUUAAGAGAAAAUUUCUUGGCAAACUGGAGAAGAUCACCUAUGGACACAUUUAAUGACGGUGUCUUUUCAGAUGGAGUCUUUUCAGAUGUAGUCGUUGAAGUACGAAAAAUUUCUUCAUAUUCACCUUACCAAGAUUUAAAACUCGUUCAGAACAAUGAAGAAUUAAUUAAAGGGCGUUUAUUCUUCUAAAAGAAUUUUUCUUUACUGCGGUAACUGCGGGAAUUAGUUAUUUUUUUCACGCAUAUAUAUAAAAAAAAAAAAAAUUUUUAAUAUAAUGUAU